CCCGCAGCCAUGUUCUAUAAAUACUACUGAUAUCAACGCUAACAAAGAGAAAGGGGCACACUGAACAAAAUCAAUCCUUAUUGAACACGUGAGAAACAAGAUGAUAUAUAUUCUGGGCCAAGAUGGCUAUCUUGAGGCUUAUUUUUAGUAAAGACAAUCGUAAACAACCCGGAAAGAGGAAAAGUGAGGGAGGAAAAACAUCCCACUUGGGUGAUACAAUUCCAGUCGUCCUGCAACCACUUGGUCGAUUCUCAUCGUCGCUGACUGCCACGUGUCACGUCUCAGUGGGGUUUGUAUGCAGGAUCCUCGUCUUUCCAGGCAAACACAUUCUUUCAAUUAUAUUAUGCCCCACUAUAGUAGCAGCCAAGCGCCGCAUCACCCCUCGUCGUUACCCCUCCAUCUGAAGCGCAGGCUGGGAUAUAAAUUCCUUCAACCCUGACUUUCUCACUCAAACCAUUACUCUCUCACUAAAUAUCUCUCAAAACCAUUACAAUCACCAUGUCUUUCCACGAAUCCUGCGAGCUUAUCCGGAUUGAAGUCCGCGGCGAUGGCACCUGGCUUCUCGCCGCUGCUGGAACCAUGAAUGAAGGGGAACAUAUUCCCGCGGAGCUCAGGCUCGACGAUAGAAUCGGCAACAGCGACGGAUGGUUCGCCUACCCGGGUGAGAAUUUCUCAGAAACCGCCCACGACAUCGAGAUCGAGUUCCGUGAAGAUGGUCCUUGGUUGACCGCCGUGCUGGCCGAGCAGGAUCAGGAAGACAGAGAGCGCCAGGGGAUCAACUUGGCUCAGCAUAUUGGAAACAAUAAUGGCGAGCUCGUGUGGGUUUGAGUUGGCAUUUGCAUUCUCAUCCUGAUUCUGCUUGUGGACGUGGAUGUGUUAUGUAUUUUGAUUUGCAGGAUCAGAAACAGUCAUGUAGUGGAAGGAUAUUUGCCGUUCUCUCUACAAUUCCAAUGGAACAUCCUAGAGUGUAAAUACUGAGGUCUAUUGAGACCUUCUUGAAAGGAAUCUAAUAGGGGGCACGUCGCUAUAAUAAUAACAUUGAUCACAUGAUGAGUACCAAUCUUUCCGCCUGCUGAUGUUCAGGAACCAAG